GGUGCUUCAGGGUGGACCUGUGUGAGGUGGGAGUGUAUCCUCAUUUCACGGGAGUAAACCACCGGAGGUCUGCGGCUCUGUCGGUGCUCGGUCCGCUGUAACGUUCGUCCCGGUCGGGUGUUUGUGUCGCGGGUACCGGACAGUGUCGGUGAGACGGUGUCGGUGAUGGAGGACGCGGCGGAGUGCGGGGUGUGCGGGGUGAAGGUGAUGUGUCGCUUCAGGCCGCUCAACGACGCGGAGCGGAGCCGUGGAGACAAAUACAUCCCGAAAUUUAACGGAGAGGACACGGUGGUGGUGGCGGGGAAGCCGUAUGUGUUUGACAGAGUCCUCCCUCCGAACACUGAACAGGUUCAGGUGUACGACACCUGCGCAAGACAGAUUGUCAAAGAUGUGUUGGGAGGAUACAAUGGGACCAUCUUUGCUUAUGGUCAGACGUCAUCAGGAAAGACUCACACCAUGGAGGGGAAUCUGCACGACCCUCACGUGAUGGGGAUCAUCCCUCGUAUCGCCAGAGACAUCUUUGACCACAUCUACUCCAUGGAUGAAAACCUGGAGUUUCACAUCAAGGUCUCUUAUUUUGAAAUCUAUCUGGAUAAAAUCCGAGACCUACUGGACGUGUCGAAGACAAACCUGGCCGUUCAUGAGGACAAAAACAGGGUUCCUUUUGUCAAGGGCUGCACGGAGCGUUUUGUUUCCAGUCCUGAUGAAGUGAUGGACGUCAUCGAUGAGGGAAAAGCAAACAGACACGUUGCCGUCACCAACAUGAACGAGCACAGCUCUCGCAGUCACAGUAUCUUUCUGAUCAACAUCAAGCAGGAGAACGUGGAGACGGAGCUCAAACUGUCUGGGAAACUUUACCUGGUCGACCUGGCAGGCAGCGAGAAGGUGAGUAAAACUGGAGCGGAAGGCUCCGUGUUGGAUGAAGCCAAGAACAUCAACAAGUCUCUUUCUGCUCUGGGGAACGUCAUCUCUGCUCUGAGUGAAGGAACAAAAACGCACGUCCCGUACAGAGACAGUAAGAUGACUCGGAUCCUUCAGGACUCUCUGGGAGGAAACUGUCGGACCACCAUCAUCAUCUGCUGCUCUCCUUCUGUUUACAACGAGGCUGAAACCAAGUCCACCCUCAUGUUUGGACAGAGAGCUAAAACCAUAAAGAACACAGUGUCGGUGAACCAGGAGCUGACUGCUGAGGAGUGGAAGAAGAAGUACGAGAAGGAAAAAGAGAAGAACAGGAGUCUGAACAUCACGAUACAGAAACUGGAGAAUGAGCUGAAACGCUGGAGGAAAGGUGAGUCUGUACCUGUGGAGGAGCAGCUGAGCAGAAACAAGAAAACCAGCAGUGAGACGACAGCAGUGAUUGACAGCCUGGCCCCACCCCCCGCCCCCCUGUCAGACGAAGAGAAGACGCAGUAUGAGACGCUGAUCACAGACCUGUACCAUCAGCUGGAUGACAAGGAUGAGGAGAUCAACCAUCACAGUCAGACGGCCGAAAAAUUCAAACAGCAGCUGAUAGAUCAGGACGAGCUGUUGGUGUCGAGCCGUCAGGACUAUGAGCGUGUGCAGGGGGAGCUGUCACGGCUGCAGAGGGACAGUGACUUGGCCAAAGAAGAGGUGAAGGAGGUGCUGCAGGCGCUGGAGGAGCUCGCUGUCAACUACGACCACAAGAGCCAAGAGGUGGAGACCAAGAACCGCUGCAACCAACAGCUGAACGAAGAGCUGGCACACAAAACUGUGAGUCUGGAGACGAUUCAGAGGGAGCUGUCCACCCUGCAGGAGGUCAGUUCUCACUAUAAGAAGAGGUCAGCAGAGAUCCUCAGUCUGCUGCUCAGAGACCUCAGUGACAUCGGCAGCGUCCUCGGAACCACCGACCUCAGAGCUAUGACAGAGACGAGCGGCGUGAUGGAGGAGGAGUUCACCACCACUCGUCUCUACAUCAGCAAGAUGAAGUCUGAGGUCAAAUCUCUGGUGAACCGCAGCAAACAGCUGGAGCUCAACCUGACGGAGAACAUGUGCAAGAUGGAGGCCAACGAGAAGGAGCUCAACACCUGCCAGCUGCUCGUCUCUCAGCUCCAGGCGAAGAUUGUGUCUCUGUCCGACGACCUUCAGAGGGUGGAGCAGAAGAAGAGGAAGCUGGAGGAGAGUCAGGACUCUCUGAUGGAGGAGAUCGCCAAACUCCACGCUCAAGGUCAGAUGCAGGAGCUGACGGUGAUGGACAAAGAGAAGGAACACAUGAGCAGACUGAAGGACGCUGUCGAGAUGAAGAGAACUCUGGAGGAACAGAUGGAGAACCACAGAGAGGUUCACCACAAACAGCUGAGUCGCCUCCGAGACGAGAUCGAGCAGAAGCAGAGAGACGUCGACCAACUCAAAGAUGUGAACCAGGCUCUGCAGCUGGAGAACAGGAAGCUGCAGUCGGACUUUGACAAACUGAAGGCUGAGGAUCAGAACAAAGACCAGAGACUCCAGAAGCUGAUGUUCCUGAAUGAAAAGAGAGAACAAGCCAAAGAGGAUCUGAAGGGUCUGGAGGAGACGGUGGCCAAAGAGCUGCAGACGCUGAACCACCUGCGUAAAGUCUUCAUCCAGGACCUCGGUACUCGAGUCAAGAACAGUUCAGAGAACGACUGUGACGAGGCCGGCGGCAGUCUGGCUCAGAGACAGAGGAUCAUCUUCUUAGAGAACAACCUGGAGCAGCUCAGCAAGGUUCACAAACAGCUGGUGCGGGACAAUGCUGACCUUCGCUGUGAACUGCCCAAGCUGGAGAAGCGUCUGCGGGCCACAGCAGAGCGAGUGAAAGCUCUGGAAGCCGCCCUGAGAGACGCCAAGGAGGCGGCUGUGAGGGACCGCAAACGCUACCAACAGGAAGUGGACCGCAUCAAAGAGGCCGUCCGCUCCAAGAACGUCUCCAGGAGAGGACACUCUGCUCAGAUAGCCAAGCCAAUCAGAGCUGGUCAUCAGCACCAUCAGCACCCGUCCUCCUCCACAUCCAUCAGGCCGACCAUCCGAGGAGGCGGGGCGAUGUCCAGUCCACGUCAUCAAUACCCCCGACAGCAACAACCACAGCAACUACAACCCCAUCAGAGCCACAGCAAGUAGGCUACAGGUAGCUCACACACCUCUGGAUCACUUUCCUUUUCUGUGGAUCUUUGAAUUUCUGAACUGUCCUGCUCUCACCACUUCUGCCUUUACUGGAACCAGACCUCUUGUUUCCACAACUGUCAACCGUAACAGCCAUUCCACCUUAACAGCCAACAAGUGCUUUCUUUCCUCCUCUGAGUCUGUUCAGCUGUCUGACUCUGCCUUUUGUUUUUCUGACAGAAAUCAGUCAGCUCUGGUGCUUUGAGUCUGUUUGUCUUUGUUCACUGACGAGUUUAAUGUGUUUAAUAAGAAGUUUAUUAAGAUAAGUGACAGUUUAAUAAUAAGUUAAAUAAGUAGAUUUCAGGUUUCUGUCUAAAGCUAACAGGAGUUGGAUGAUGAUACAGUGAUGUUGAUAGGUCCUGACGCAUUAAAAUCUGUAAGGACGCAGUGAACUCACUACGUUUCCUAAAGGCAACGUUGUGAACAUCACACUAUGAAAACUGUGUUGAAAGCUUGGUGCUAAUUACGUUAAAAGUAUAUGUCAUGUUACUGAAACCCACUGAAACCUAUCACCAUCACUGACAAUAUGUAGGCAAAUAUCUUUAUGGCCGACAGACAUUGAUCCAUGUGUCAUUAUGGAAAAUCAGCAUGUUCGGAAAAAUUAAAGCAGCUGUGCGGAACUUUACGUUUUCGUUGAUUAUCGCGCCCCCUUUGGUCGAAGCGGUAUGACACCCACAGCCUGGUGUUGUAAAAUCUUGACUGCAACCGGCAAUUACCGCAUGCAUUUGUUUUGAAGAGCGAGAGGAAAAUCAUAAAUGUUCUGGUGUAGCUCUGAAUUUCUUAUAAACUGAGGACAACUGCCUGCUGUAUAUUUGUGUUCAUGGUCACAGUCACAGAUAAUUUUGUGGCGUUUGUUGUAACGUUACUAGACAAUAGCGGUUCACAUCAGCUAACGUUACAUUUAGCUAGCUUAUAACUUCCAUGUCGUCGUAUAUUGAAGUGAAACAACGUCUAGCAAGUUGAGGUAUAUUCUCUAAAUAAAAACAGAAAUUACAUACCUGUCGAUUAGGAAAAGGGCCAACUUGGGAUCAGUUUUAAAACCUUUCAAAUCUCUCAGCUCUCUCCACUUGGUGAAUGCCCGACCGAGGUUUACACGCAUUUGGGCUCGAGCCCUAUCACUGUCCCGUUUAGCCUUCUUCUGUUCUUUUUCUUUUAGAUGGUGCUCCUUCUUUAUCCACCAUGACAUCGAAAGUACAACCAAGUCCUUAUAGAUACAUCUGGUAAAACUGCUAUGUGUUCAGCAAUGCCCGUUGCGUACCGCUUACUCGAAGAACACUCUCUGUAAACACGGCUCUUCUUCUUCUCUCAGUUUAUUGGCAGAUCGCAAACAACUUCCAGGUGCAUACCACCACUGUACACUGUACAAGAGACUACUCCCUACUACAUGUCAUUUAGCCUGUUUCUUAAAUCCUACUCGUAAACACGGCUCCUUCUUCUUCUGUGGUUUAAUGGCUGCGGGUGUGCAGACUUAAUUCCACCUCCGGGUGCCGUAUUCUGGUUUGCUGACUUCCGCUGUGUCCGACACAACCGAGGCUAGCCAUAUAGAGAAAGGCUUUUUUGUUGCUGUUGGGUUCAAAUAAAUAUGCAAAUCUUCAAGGGGAGGUGAUACAAACUAGGGACAGUUUUAUGAAUGGUAUAAAGUUCCGCACAGCUGCUUUAAAGAAACGUUUGGAGUGAUAAAAGUCAAAGUACUGUGGAGAAAUUAGGAGAUACUGAGUCAGCUUUUAAGCUUUUAUGCCAAAAUUAUGGAACAAUCAACACUUUGACUCUGAAUGUGCUGAAAUUAGUUAAAUUUUUUUUUCUUUUUUAAAUUUUGUGCUAAAAUGGACUGUGUCUCAUUUCAGUCAGAAAUUGAUAGUCUAGAUGUAAUAUCCUAAUUUUGUCUUUAAGGCGACUUAAUAAUAAUUCAAUAGUUCAAUAUUUUCUCCACAUUACUUGUGUAUCAGUAACAGCUGUACAAAAUAAUUAAUGUAUGAAACACAGUUUACGUCAUGUUGGAACUCCGUUAGUGUUUAAUGAAUGUUUACAUUGCUUUUUAGUGAUAUGUCUUUAAUGUCUUUAACACUGAUAACAGAUAAAAUGUUCACAGUUCAUCAGGAAACACCAAAAAACAAUAAAUACAUGGACAGUGAGGAGCGAUCACAUAAAACAUAUCUUGAAGAACUCAUAAUAAUUAGGGCUGUCAAACAAUUUUCAUUGCAUUUAACUACUGAAUUUCAGUAGUUAAUCACAUGUUUAAUAUUUCAUUAUUUGCAUUUCAAAACAGUUUCAAAGUCCAUAUUAACAAGGUGAAGCAUUUCUUACCAGAGUGUCUUGAUGGGAAUCAAAUGAAUGUAGAGAAAUUUGCUUAAUCAUCUUGAGUUUUUAGAUUAAUUUCUUUCAAAUCAGUGCUGCACUGUUUCAACAGUGUGGUCUGAAACCAUGAACCUCUUCAGUGCGCUUCUUCUGUGAGAUACACUGUUCGUUUGUUUGUUGUUUGAGAAAGUGCAGUUACUAUGAUAUAAUCACUGACAUCCAAUGAUCCCUGGUUAAUGUGACAGCAUUUGUUGCUAUCUCUAAUUCAUACGUGUCUUGUAUGAGUGCAUUGUUCCUUGCAACGGUAAGACAAAACAUGUCAAAUAGGUCAAAACAUGUCGACCUAAGGACGUCCCCUUAAUACAUAAUACACUUGUGCGGUGGUGUGUCUGUGUCGCUCUGCAUUCACACUUCCAAAACACUGUGAAGUGCUGUAAAGUUUGACAAAUUCAAAGCACACCAAAAACACACGUUAAACAGUAAACUUGAUGGAGACAAUAUCAAACACAAGAAGACAAAUCAGCUUCAGUGUAACUCACAAGACUCACAAACAACUGUCUUAUACUAGACCCGUUUUCCGUUUAGAACAUGCUAACGUUAUUAGCACAAGCCUAUGGCAUUUCGCAUUGUAUAAAUUAGCCUAGUGGCUAGCAGAGUUGUCUUCUACUCAUAUGAAGCCAUGAACAACAGUAAUAUUUUAGGUAUGAGGUAACGAUACAAAAUUUAGCUCAACUACAACUCACAAGGUUCAUAGACAAAUAGUUCUCCAAAUACAACAUGCUAACAUUAUUAGCACAAGCCUAUGGCAUUUACAUUGUACAAAUUAGCCUAGUGGCUAGCUGAGUUUUCCUCUACUCACAUAAAUCCAGGAUAAAUCACACACAGGACUUAAAAUGCAGGUCUGCAGCCAGUUGCCAUCCAUUUAGCAGCCCUGUAGUGAACUUAGUUGAUUUAGUUUCAUCCACAGGUCUGUGGUGAUUAGCUCACAUGGUGAUGCAGCUCUCCGCUGACAUCAGUCUGAUUAGCUGCACCUGUGUGGUCAGCUCGUAGGUGGGAGCUCAAACUCAGAGUACUUCAUUGAUAUAUUAAUACCGGUUGACACAGGGUGAAUGUUACUUUUGACUUGACUGAGCUGUCUGAGAGUUUUUUAAAGUGAAAGGAGACGUUCAAAAGCUCAGUGGUGUCUAAUUUUGCAUCACUGCAGCAGGAAGCAAGAAGCUGCUGCUGCGGCUUGACUACAAGUUGGGGUGCAUCAAAGGGUCAAAAUAGCAGCAUGCAGUUAACGCAAUAAAAAAAACAGCGUUAUGUUCGAACCUCAGUCGCAGCGUGAUUAACAUGUUAGCACAGACAGCCCUAAUGAUAAUGUAAAACAGUAUUUCUACUGUUAGCAAAUACAAAUCUGUGUAAGAUGACAGAACGUAGAGAAAGAAGUUAAAUUUUUACCAAAAGUUAUAUUCUGACGAUUUACUAAUGUAUGAUAACAUCAUAAUACUUUUAUCUUCUCAUAGCUUUAACUUUUCCACUACAGCAGCCCUAAUAUUGUCCUAUAACAACUCAGAAAUCAUAUCUUUAUUUUAUGUCAUAUUUAUUUAUAUUUAUUUUAUAUAUUUAUUAUUUAUUAUGUAUCUAAAUGAAUCAGUAGGUGAAUUACAAUAAAUACAAAAAGAAAUACAAAUAAAUCAGUAGUUAAAGUUAGCAAAAUCAUUUCAACUUUAGAGCUACUUAAUUAUUUUUAUGUUUUAUGAGGUCAUGAUUUUAAAGCUUUAUAAUUAUGUAAAGUGUUUUUUAUUGUUCUUAACAGUUCAUGAUUUUUGUAUUUUCCAGGACUGAAUGUUUUAUCACACUGAUGUUGGUUUUUUUUUUAAUAACUAGUAGUUGUUACAGAGCAGUUUUUACAGAUUGAUUUUCUGGAUUUUGUUUCACUUUGUUGAGACAGUAUUUGUCGGCUCAGAGUAUUUCUAUCUGUGUAAUAUUUCUACAGUGUAAAUCAGUGUUGAUCUGCUGCUGUGUCAUUGUGAGCUAUUGUAACUGGAUUCAUCUGAAAGCAUUUCUGAGAAGCACAGAGUCUUUACGAUCAGGUCUUUGUUUAACCACAGUGUUUGUCUGCCUGUGGACUUUGUGUAAUAUUGAACUGUGGUGACGUUGUUGUGUUUCAUGCAGAAUUCUAACAUGAUGGUUGUGAACAGUCGUGAGAUGACAUGAACCUGCUCACUUCACCAGUCUGUGUAAAGAAACUGAA